AUGUGUUUCCGGUUAGUGGCCACUAAGAGUGGUUGUGCACGAGCAGAGUCCCAGAAUAAGAGGUGUCAAACUGAGGUCUGGCAAUGCGGAGGGUGUAGGGAAGCCGCGCACCGUGCGCUGUCAGUCCUAUCCAAAGUGACAGCACGAAAGCGUUAUCUCUCCACUAAAUGUCAACAAGUUGACUUAAAAUGCACUCACUUUCGCGGGAAAUUAGCGCGUUGUCAUGGAUCCCUAGAUAACAUUGUCCAGUGUUUCGUUAGUCUAUAUUUGGAACGGAACAGGUUACAAUCCAACCACUGGAGCGAAUAUCAAAGAGGGGAGCUGUUAUGGAAGAGCAGCGGGGUCAGAGCGAAGAUGACAGCCUGCCCUCUCCACCUCUGCUCCCGCUGCAGGCUGCGCACCACGCGCACACAACCACCAACUUUUUCAUCGACAACAUCCUCAGACCGGACUUCGGCUGCAGACGGGAGCAUUGUCCAACUGUCCCUGGCACUCUUUGUCCGGAUUCCAGCUGCAGUGCCGACAGUGUUUCAUCUUCUGCCUCGUCCACCGUCUCGUCUCCAGCCAGCAGAAGGCAUUCCAAGACCGACAGAGGGGAAGCAGCGAAAUCUGGGCUCGUCUCGGCGUCACCCGUUGCUCUGAAUAGCUCAGGUGAAACCUCCUCGCCCAGUAAGGACACUCAACAGCUUCUGUGGCCCGCCUGGGUUUACUGCACGAGAUACUCUGAUCGACCUUCAUCUGGCCCAAGGACCCGGAAAUUGAAAAAGAAGAAAAACGAGAGCGAGGAUAAACGACCCAGAACGGCGUUCACAGCUGAGCAGCUCCAGAGACUGAAGGCAGAGUUCCAGGCGAGCCGCUACAUCACGGAGCAGCGGAGGCAGGCCCUGGCGCGCGACCUCAAGCUCAACGAGUCGCAGAUUAAAAUCUGGUUCCAGAACAAACGAGCUAAGAUCAAGAAAGCCACCGGAUUCAAGAACGGCCUGGCAAUGCAGCUAAUGGCGCACGGACUGUACAACCAUUCCACCACCACCGUUCAAGAAGAAGACGAAAACUAGCAAAGACAGAAACAGAGAGAGAGAGGACAGGGGAGAACCGGGGAGUGAGAUAAGUGUGGAAGACAAAAACUCACAUUACUUGACCAGACGUUAUAAAAGGAUAUUAUAGCUACUUUAUCAGCCUGUUUGGACAAUCGGCUGGUUUUUUACAAUACAAAUAUGAGGAACCAGGCCUCAUUAAGAUUUGAGGAUGCUAUUAAAAUCUAAUGGAUCGCGCUGGUUUGUUGUUUUAAAUCUAUUACCAGUCAAAGUAGACACUUUACAUUUUAUCUAAAUGCCGUUUUUUCUUCUUCUUCUUCUUUUUUUUUUGUGUGCUGUUAAAAGCCAUAUUUCUUCGUGCCAAAGAUGUUAUUCGAUUAAAGUAGAUAACAUUUUCUUUGAUGAUGGGAUUUAGGAUAUAGAUGGGAGACUUUUCUGAUAUCAGAUAUUAUUCUUUGCAAAAUAUUUAAUACUGUAUUCAAAUAAACCUCUUUUGUA